CUGCCCUUCCGCGUUGGCGCAGCGAGGCCCGGGCCCCGGUAUAAAGCGGCGGCCGCCGCCCGGUGCGCUCUGGCCCCAUGGAGACGCAGCGGAGGCCCGGCGGGGGCAGGCCGGUCCUGAGCGUGAGCCGAGGCCGGGAGCACCCCGCGGGGAGCCAUGAGCGCGGGCAGCGGCUCCUCCGGCCCGGGCUGGCCUGAGGCGCUGCCGGCAGCCAGGCCUCCGGCGUCCCGGCCUGCAGAGGGGAUGAGCGGCACGGAGCCGAGCGAGGGCCGCUGCCUCGGCCUGCCCGAGCCGGGGAGCCCCGGCCGGGAGCCGUGCGCUGGGAUGCAGCUGAAGGUGGAUUUCUUCCGCAAGCUGGGGUACUCCUCGGAGGAGAUCCACGUCGUGCUGCAGAAGCUGGGGCUCGACGCCGACACCAACACGGUGCUGGGCGAGCUGGUGAAGCACGGCCCGGCCGAGCGGGACAGCACCGACACCCCGGCCGAGGGCAAGGAGGCCCCGCUGGUCCCGCGGGGGGGAGCCGGGAACAAGAGCCCGGCGCCGGGCCCGGAGGAGGCGGAGAGCGACAACCUGAAGCCCAUCGUUAUUGAUGGCAGCAACGUGGCCAUGAGCCAUGGAAAUAAAGAGGUGUUCUCCUGCCGAGGCAUCCUUCUGGCUGUCCAGUGGUUUUGGGACAGGGGACACAAGGAUAUUACAGUCUUUGUGCCAUCUUGGAGGAAGGAGCAGCCACGACCAGAUGUGCUUAUAACAGACCAGUACAUUCUCCGUGACCUUGAAAAGAAGAAAAUCCUGGUCUUCACUCCUUCCAGGAGGGUUGGAGGCAAACGUGUCGUCUGCUAUGAUGAUCGAUUCAUUGUGAAACUGGCACAUGAGUCUGACGGCAUUGUGGUUUCUAACGAUACUUAUCGGGACCUGCAGAACGAGCGUCCUGAGUGGAAGAAAUUCAUUGAGGAGCGCCUGCUGAUGUAUUCCUUUGUUAAUGACAAGUUUAUGCCUCCAGAUGAUCCCUUAGGGCGCCAUGGCCCCAGCCUGGAUAACUUCCUCAGAAAGAAACCUGUGGUGCCAGAAAACAAGAAACAGCAGUGCCCUUAUGGGAAGAAAUGCACUUACGGAAUUAAGUGUAAAUUCUACCACCCCGAAAGGAUCAAUCAGCCGCAGCGCUCAUUAGCUGAUGAACUCCGAGCCAAUGCAAGGUUGUCUCCUACCAGAAGUACCAGUGCCAAGGAGGAGAAAAAGGGCAAAAGAGGUUCCCAGGCAGAGCUCCUGUGCUCUCUGCCCUCAGAGAGUGAUAAAAGCUCUUUGCAGAAGGCUUCUGCCGAGAGGAAAAGCUUGACCCACAAAGCAAAGGCCAAUGAUGCUGCGCUUCAGGUCAAAGGCUGUGUGUCAGGCAGUGUCCCCCCUAACAGUGGGAGCCACAGGUCCUCUGACAGGUACCAGCAGCCUCACAUGGACUCUCUGUCUUACAUGUCUCAGGAUCAUCUUGACUCGGGCAUUGGGUCUCUGGAGAACCAACUGUCUGAUAUGUGGCCUUAUAGAUCUACCAGUCACUGUGAUCAUUCCCAUGCUGACCAGGUUGCAGUCUGCACCUGCAGUAGGCAGAGAUCCAUGUACCCACAUUCUCCCAGCUUAGAGCAAAAUGGUCUGGUCUCUUACAAGCAUGGUUCCCACAGAUCUUCUUCCUCUGGUGCUAGCUUCUUGCAGUAUAACCCUGAGAUAUCUCACUCAGGACAACCUCACUCGUUCUCAGGCUAUGGUGUACCUGUACACCCAGCUAAUGCUGGGCAAUACAGCCUGCCCAGUGAGUAUAACACCCCUCCACCCCAUUCUCGUGAGUACUGGUCUGAACCAUACCAGAUGCCUCCUCCUCAAGUGAGAUCUUCCAGUGUGCGAGAUCCUCGCUCAGUGCAGAGAGCCCCAGGACCAGCGUAUGGGGACUCCCACCAGUGGGCUGUGUCUGACCAGUUUGCAGAGGAACGGGCCAAUGUGCAUGUCAAGCUGUGUGGCAUAUUCCAUCCCCAUUUAGUUGAUGCUGUGAUGAGCCGUUUCCCUCGGCUUCUGGAUCCCCAAAGGCUUGCUGCAGAGAUACUCACAUACAAGUCUCAGAAUCCAGGUAUAUGAGGUGAUGCUGAGGGCAGCCAGGCAUAGGGAAGGCUUAAAGGGCGGUGUUAGCACUCUGUAGCUGCCAUAGCUGCCUUCUGAGGGCUCCUUCUUACUCCUUGGAAGUACCAGGCUCUAGGUGGAGGCUGGAUACCAGAUGUAUGCUCACAGCAAAUUCUGGUCUAGAUAUGACAGCAUCCCCCUCUUAGGUGAGAGCACCUUAGGGUCCUGUCUUCCCCAGGGGCUGUUGAAGAGGCUCUGGGUGCUGAACAGAAGAGGUUGCAGCUUCAGAGCAGGAUUUUUCCUCUGGGGGUUCCAUGGUGAGUUAGGCCCACCCUAAAUUCCUGCAGUUGUUCAGGAACUGAAUGUGAUUUUACUCCUCCCAUUAGCUUCAGUUUUGAGAUGGUUUUGUGUAUGUCAGGUGUGCAGAGGGAGUACUUUGGGGGGCUUAUGAAAGAUCUGGCCUAGUACCUUUGCGGUGACAUGAGGCUUAUUUGUGAAGAUUGAAAUGCAUUGUCAAGGUUCUUAGCUCUUAACUAAGCCUCUUCACUAUAUCCUGCCAUGCAGAUCUGUGGGAAAUGGUGGAAUAUAUCUAGUAUGAAGCUAGGUUUAGCUGGCUCUGAUUUGGUUUUAUUGGUGCACUUUGAGGAUGCUUUCCAUACCUCUCCCACUGAAGCUGACCUUCCUGAGAUGAGGCACUUCUCCAGUGUGUGCCAUAAGUGCUUAGCAAGCUGCUCGGCUCCCAGAAAACAGGAGCUGGGAGUGCAGCCCUUCCUCAGGAUGAGAGGCCUGACACUGCUCCAGAGCUGGGACAUGCAGUUGUCAGAACAUGAGGGUGACCACGGUAUUGAUGCUGAAACACUGACCUUGCCUGGUACCUCUCUUAGUCUAUCUCUGUACACCACUGACAGGGAGGAUUUAUGAUGUUGUGCCUUGUGUUUUCAGACAGCAAUAGCUUUGAGCACCCACUAAACCAGCUGUAGUCAUGUCUGGACUGCUGCCAGUCCUAUUCUGGAGGAUUCCUUAAUAGUUUUUCCUCUGUAAAGCUGUUGCUUCAUCUUCCUACCAAUGUUCUCCUGUCCCCUUCAGCUUUGUCAAACUAUAGCAGCACCCAAAAACGUAGAACGAGGCUUACUUGGUAAGACACUUCCCCUCUCAUUCCCUUUGACUCUGAAAGAUGUUUUUUUACUGUAGAUACUGUAACAGAUUCUAAAGAUGCAAAACCAAUUGCUGUAGUAAUUGGUUCUGGUCCUGGCAUUUCACUGUGCUUAGAAUGCAGAGGUGUUUCUUGCACUUGCAGGCCAGAAGCAGUUGAUUUGUUGAUACACAUUGUAUCUAUGUGGUUUUGUUAUGUGUUUUUAAAUACGUCCAGCUUGUGGUUAAAGCCAGGUCAUUGAAUGGCAAGUCAUGAUGGGGAGAGCAGGAUACAGCAGUUGGAGCACCCUCUUCUUCCCUCUGACUGUCCGAGUGACCUACCCAGACUGGCACCAUGUGCCAUAGAAACCACAGGGACACAGAAACCUGUAUACCUGGUGAAUUAUGAUACAUUACUGACGAGUAAUGUUUCAUGUUAGUAAGCAAAAUGCUUCUUAAUUUUAAGUAACCUGAGACUUUGCAUAUUUGUAAAUUACAGGAAAAAAUGGUUUUUAAUGUUAUUAUCCAGCAAGUCUGCUGCUUGAGGCUGGUUUUCACUAGUAUGGUCUCGACUCGGCCAUUGUGUUACUUGGCGUGGUGGGGUUUGGUGUUCUGAUGGAAUGCUCAUACGUGCUGCUUCUCUUGCAAUCAGAAGAUUAACAUUUUCUGCUCACAAGCUGACGUUUUACUGACCUCUCUAGCAUUAUGCAGUGUAUAGCUCAUGUAUUGAAUGGAGGCAGCCGGGUGAAAGCCAUGGCAAAGCAAGAACAUGUGGUAUAUAAAUAAAACUGCUGAGUUGAA